CUACGGUGGAGAACAUCUCAGCUCCUCGCACAAGCUGUGUCGUAAUUUGUUUGCAAGUCAAACACGACUGUUACCAGUCUCUGAACAGUUAGGUGAGUUCAAGGUUAGUUCCUCCGAACGCAUGCGGUAUCCGAGUAUUUACCGCAUUCACGAUUUGUCGCGCCUAAACUUAAGUAGUGUUUAUGUUAUAAAAUUUUAUUCUUUUUUUAAAAAUGGUUCGGGAACACGGAGAGAAGAAGAUAACCACCGAGCACCAGCAUCUGACUACAUCGCACGAUUACAAGGGGGGAUGGUCCUUCUACUUAGUCCUAGCCGGGAUAGUCACAACGCUGGGUUCAUCACUUCCUGUGGGAUACAACAUCGGAGUUGUUAACACGCCUGCUGACGUAAUAAAAAGUUUCUGCAACGAGAGUUUCAUAAGCCGCUACGACGUGGUCCUCGACGAAAAAUGGCUGAACGUUCUCUGGUCGUUCGUGGUGUCCAUCUUCAUAGUCGGAGGCUGUACCGGCUCUAUACUCGGCGCUGUACUCGCAAACAGCUUGGGAAGAAAAAUGGCGACGGUAGUAACCAGCGUGCUGUCAGUCGCCGGCGGAGUCCUGUUCCUGCUGUGCCAAAAAGCUAACUCAGUCGAAAUGCUUAUAUUAGGCAGAUUACUAGUCGGCUUGUCCGGUGGUCUAACCACCAGCAUAGUGCCCAUGUACCUGACGGAGCUGGCCCCCGCGGCCCUGACUGGAGCUAUGGGGGUCGCCUGCCCCAUGGGAGUCAACGUGGGGGUCCUCGUCGGACAAGUCAUGGGGUUAGAGUUUAUAUUGGGUCGUGCCGAGGAUUGGCCCUACCUUCUGUCCGUCUACGUAUUGCUAGUCAUUAUAUGUUUACCGUUGUUAUUUAUACUGCCAGAAAGUCCAAAGUACUUAUUUGUAGUUAAGAAAAAUGAGGAGAGAGCUUUAAAAGAACUGAGUCGUCUCCGCGGCGUGUCUCCAAGCGUACUGAGUGAUGACAUAGAGGUUCUGCGCGAGGAGGUGCGAGGGUCGCAGUGCGCGUCGAGCGAGUGGUCCAUGCUGCGCGUACUGAGGGACCCUCGCCUGCGACUGCCGCUACUGCUGGCCUGCUCCAUGCAGGCUGGACAACAGACCAGCGGGAUCAAUGCGGUGUUCUACUACUCGCAAACGAUAUUCAAGCAGGCCGGCCUAAGUGUACAGAACUCCCAGUACGCAACGAUUGGGUGCGGGUUUAUCAACGUAUGCACUGCAGUAUUGAUGCUGAAGUUACUGCCCCGCUUCGGUCGACGACCCUUACUGUUGCUCUCCGUGUUCACCGCUGCGGUUAUAUUGGCGGCGUUGGCUGCUUGUAUGAGGUUUAUGAAUGUAGUUUCUUGGAUGCCGUACGUGUGUAUGAUAGCGGUGCUGUCGUAUGUUCUAGUCUACGGGUUCGGACUUGGACCCAUUCCCUACUUUAUUGCCUCGGAGAUAUUUGAAGUUGGUCCUCGGCCCGCGGGAAUGGCGUGGGGCUCACUAGCUAACUGGGGCGGGAACUUCCUCGUUGGCAUGUCCUUCCCCAGCAUGCGGGAGGCCAUCGGACCUUACUCCUUCCUCGUCUUCUCCGGUGUCACCGCCGCGCUCUUUGUCUUCCAGAAAAUAUACUUCCCCGAAACUCGAGGUAAGACUCCAGCACAAGUGACCCAGCUAUGCAGUCGGGGCCUACAAUCGAAGCCGCUCCUCGCAUCGGACCUCUCCAGCGUAUGACGUCAUAAUUCUUUACUAACACGAUCAUACAAUAUACAAGUGAUACGUAAGUAGACUGCUAUGUUUGUAUUUUAUAAGAGAAAUGAGAAUAUUGAAUUAAUAUUUAGAACAAAGGAAAUUACCGAAAGCACGCCGUCUGAUUAUUAGACCUUAAUUACAAGUAUUUCGGCCGAUAUUAAUAAAAACUUUUUUGAAUUAAUAUUGUUUACUCUGGCUUGUUUACUUUGGCUUACUCGCGUAACUAUUUCGAUGUAACUCGACUAGUUUCAAGCCUCGCUAGGAGCUCAUAUUCAUGAAUAGUAUUGCCCGACGUGCCUAUGCUAUUCUUAUAUUUUAUCAGCCAAUUCAUAAAAAAUACACGUAAUUUAUUGUAAAUUAAGUAUCACGGCGAAACAACGCUGUUUU